AAUAGCGGUCUCUGCUUCAAUACUGCAAGACUUGCAGUCUGGCUGCUAACAUAAUAAUACGUUCGUAUCUCCUCUGAUAAAACCUACUUUAAAAACUCGCGUCACAGUCUAGAGAUCUUUUAAUUUAUCAUCUGUUAAUCAAUUUCACUAGAUUGUGCUGCUCUGCGCAUUCGGCAAAAUUUAAAAAGUGCGUACGCGUAUUUUUUGCCGCGUGUGUCGAAUUAUUCGCGGACCAACAACCUGUGACUAAUUUAUUUGCGGUGGAGAUUGCGGCGGAUCUUUUGGCGGUGGCAUUAUCAGUUCCCACUUCGCCAUACGAUUUUGUUUGAUUUUGAUUCUUGAUUCAAUUCAGUGUGAUUUCAAGGCGGCUGUGCUUCGCGGGCAGUCCGAAGUGUGCGGUGAAUAUUUGCCGGCAAAAUUGUUUUUACAUACGGACAAUUUAAGCUCUGAAUAGUUUGUGAUAUUUUUUAUAAAGAAGUGACCCUACAAGACAUAAGUUACUAUACAUCAUAUGUGACGCCACUUUCAUUUUCCAAGGAAUCGAAUGAGGAACAGUAUACCUGGUAAUAAGAGAAGAAUGAUAAGCUUUCAAGUACUCUGCGAAUUCCAUUUGUGUAUUUAAUGGUCUUCGCUUUAUAUAAAGUCUGAUACAGCUGCCAUUUCCUGUUGCUGAUUCGAAGAAAAAGUUAAAAAAGUUGAUCUAUACAUUCACCGCGACAAGAUGAUGAGACUGGUACUUUUAGCUGCACUUUUAUCAAUUUCUUCAAGUGAAGAUGCAGUUUCCCUGAACCCAUUCAAACAAAGCUACGUAUGCCCACCGAAGUUCAUCAGACAGGGCCACAGAUGUUAUUUCUUCAGUAAAGAGGCUAUCACGUGGUCGGAAGCACUAUUUCAAUGUCGAGAAAUGCACAGUAAUCUCGCCAUUAUACAAAACAGAAAUCAAGAUAAACUCAUAAGAAGCUUCCUGAGUAAAAAGACGCUAGAUCCUUUAGAACGAUGGUUGGGAGGAGUCUACGAUUGGGGUAAAAUGGCUUGGAAGUGGGCAGCUCCAGGAAAACCACUCGCUUAUAAUGGAUUUUCAAAAGAAGUUAAUCCUCAGGAUCCCGAAACUUUAAGAUGGCAUUGCAUUAUCAUGGAUCCUACACAGCAGUACUUCUGGAGCUCACGUAGUUGCGUGGAACGAAAACACUACAUCUGUCAAACUAGACUUAAAACCGUUAACAACAGGGAUAAGAAGAGACUUCAACGCCAAUACAAGGCCAGCAAAGACAACCGACUAAAUGAAAUCCCAGUGCCAUAUAUUCCCGAUUUUCCAAAUAAUACUACUGCCCUGAAGUACAACGCCUUGCCGAUCACCUAUCACUUCGAACCUAACGACAAACUCAGCGAUAACGCUAUGUUCGCCUACAAGAGCCCUGAAUACAAGAAGCCAGUCAGAAGAAACGGACAAAGGAAAAAGAAAUCCAAUAGCUUGAGGCCAAUGAGACCAUUGAGAUUAGCCAAUGGUACUGUUAUAGAAAGACCCAGAAAACGAGUGACUCACCGAAGAAGGAAACAAAGAAAGCCUGAAGAUUUAGGAAAACCCACUUUAAUCAAAAACAUCAGGUGGAAGACAUACAAAAAGAAUGGAAAUCUACCCAACCCGCUUUAUCCAAGACCUAUAGUCGAAGAAUAUAACUAUGUAAAGGGUGGAUGAACAUAGCUUCAUAUUUAAAAUUUUGUAUUAACUAAUUAUUAUUGUUGAACCUGCCUGUUACAUUUUAAUAGAUAAGACAACUGAAGCAACUUUGAAAUUUCAAAAGAUGCUAUUCGGAUAACAAAAGUAUUGUUCGUAUUUAUUUGGAAUUAAUGUGACUUACUCUCUAGCGAAAAUAUAGUUGAUAAUAUUUUUAUUUUAACUAAAAGUUUUAAGUAUAGGGCUUUUCAUUCACAGUCAUUUGUUUCGAGCUUCUGUCAUGUGUCACAUAACAUUAAUAUAUCUACGUCAUACGUUAUUGGCAUAUACCUUACCUUAGAAUAUAAAAUAACCAGGAAGGAGUAAAUACAAAAUGACCUUGAGCCGGGAAGGAGGUCGCAAAUGGCGACCAGAUGUCAGAUUUGCUUUCCAUCUCCAGUGACGUACCUUUGAAAGAGGGAAGAAAAGAAAUUCUUAACGAUUUUAUUACAUCUUUGAUGUUAAACAUGAUGUUUAUUUUAUAUUCUAAGGCAUAUACCAAUGAUACAAACCAAAGACGUAUGACGUAGAUCUAUUAGGCCUUUUCGCGCUGUAUAACCUGAACGUAGCCAGAGGGAGAGCGCCUGCGCAUUACAAAAUUGGACUUUCAAUAAGAUCGAAUAUUUCCCUGCGAAAACGUAAUGCGCAGGCGAUCUCAAUCUGGCUACGUUCAGGAUAAGUGCAGGGCAUGCUCCACGAAUAAGUUAAUUAUGUGACACAUGAGAGAAGCUCGAAACGAAUGGCAAUCGAUGAAAAGCCCCAUUCAACGCCAAAAGUCUCUACAGACAUGAACUAGUUUACUUAGAUAUUGGCUGCAUUCAGCAGAAAACUGCGAUGACUAAUCGAUUACUUAGCGAUGUGUAAUCGCUAACGAUUCUUCUGAAUGGUAUACUUUUAUGUGUAUACGACAACUGUCACAUUUUUCAAAAUGAUUUGCAAAUACGUGAAAGACACCCCAAGAACAGAAAUGAAAAUUAUUAUGAAAUGGUAAUUUAUAAAUAACCCCAUUUAAUUCAUACAUAGUUUCAAAUUCUUGAAUUUCUUGCGACAUAGGUAAACCUAAUAGGUACAUACGAAUAAUCCAACAAAGCAGCUCAGAUAUUUAUCAGCGUGAUUUAUAUGCCUUUAGCCUUCCUUGCCUUCAAUUCAUGUUUUUUUUAAGAUACAUAACUUAAAAUAUACGUGUUAGACACACGUCAUACGUCAAUCUUAUUUUGAUUUGCUAAGUAAUCAUAUUUCAAAACCGAUGUUUAAAAUGGCGACCGAUAAGUCAUCGAAUGAUAACUAAUCGGAAAUUUAUGUGGCAUUCAGCAGAAAAUCACUAAGCGAUUAGUCAUCGAUUGAGUCUGCUGAAUGCACCCAUUGUUACGUCUAAGUCGGCAAUUUCAUCAUUCUCCUGUAUUACUGGUUGCAUAUAAAAGUAAUAAUUUAGAUAUACAACAUAAUUUUGGGCAGAUGAUAAACCUAUAUUAAACUAUCAUCCAUCCUAUUUUAACGUGUUUUAUCUUUUUGAAGUAUGCGAAAUGCUUUUUUCAGUUAUGCCUUUCGCAAAAAGUAUGUACCUACAUAUAUAUCUAUUGUUGGUUGUAGUUAUAAGGCUACGGCUAGACAAGCGACAAUUUACGGCGCUGUAAGAGCAGUAAAAUGAAGCGCGAAAAAUGGGUCCUAUCCUAUGUUGCUAUGUUGCUGCGCGAUAUUUUAAAAUCUGGCCAUCUACUACACUCACCGUGGGACCUAUUUUCGCGCUUCAUUUUACUGCUCUUACGGCGCCGUAAAUUGUCGCUUAUCUGGCCAUAGCCUUAGCGAAAGGCCACACGGGCGAUAAUUUACGGCGACGUAAGAGCAGUAAACACGAGGCAUUGGUUGACUAACUCCCUAUUUCAUCUACAAAUGGUUAGUCAAAUGCCUCGACAGGUUUACUGCUCUUACGGCGCCGUAAAUUAUCGCCUGUGUGGCCUUUCGCUUACAUUUACAGUUGGGAUUAAGCGAUUUUCUAGUUCCUUUCAUCAAUUUUUUUUGCCGCACCUAACCGAAUUCUUGUUUGGGUUUUAUUUUCCUCAUGGUGUUUACUUUUCCUUUAGUUCAAAUUGCAGUUUCACGCAUAUACUAAGGAUUUUCCCAGUUUUCACUUAUUCCUUCACUCAACCGUACCACCCGUACUCUCCAGUUCUUUCUACUUUGCCAGUUCCCUUCCUGCAGAUUUGUUCUUUCCACGCUUUUCACUUUAUAAAUCAGUAUUUUUGUACCAAAAUGACAGUUUUGUCAAUAUUCUUAAGAUGUUAUUUAAGUACGUAAAUAUAACCUAUAUUUAAGAAAUACUUCUAAGUUAUCUUAGAGUUUGGUUAAAUAUAUUUUUAUCAUAUUGUGCUUCUUCUUCUUUAGGUGCCGUGUCAGUAUUCAGACGUUAGUCGUUAUCAUAAUUAGCAGUUCUUGAAACCUUUCUCUAUCUGCUGCUGCGCGAAAUAACUCUUCUACUGUGGAACCACACCAUUGUCUAAUAUUACUCAACCAUGAAGCUUCUUUCGACCAAUCCAUCUCUUUCCCUCCAACUUUCCUUGUAUUAUAAGGCGAAGUAGAUGGUAUUUAGUCCUCUAAUUAUAUGGCCGAGCCGAAGUAUUCUGUUUUUCCCUCUUUAUGAUGUUUAUGAGCAGACGUUCUGAAUUCAUCAUUUGGAGAACAUCUUCACUCGAAGUGUGCGACACUUACGAUACCUUUAAGAUUCGUCGAUAGCACCACAAUUCGAAUGUUUCUAAUUUGCUUAGAGUUAUGGUUUUUAAAGUCAAUUUGUCACAACCAUACAAUAAGAUAGACCACAACAUAACAUUUCAGGAUAUUCUUGUGAAUGUUCAUCGAGAGAUUUCUGUUACAUAAAAAAGGUUUCCAGGUUAUAAAAACCUUACGUGAUAUUUCGAUCCUGGUUAUUAUACAAGGAUAUAACAAGGAUCAACAUAUCACGUAUUCAAAUAUCUAAGUAUCACGUAUCGCAAUAUCACCAAUAUCGAAAUAUCUUCAUCGGAGUCGAACUUUACAUUUAAUCAGGAAGAAUUGCAAAAUGCUUGCUUUCACCAGAACUUUGAUGACAGAUUGGAUAUAACUAUGAACUAUGUCCGCAGAAGAAUAAAAAGACAAUUACCAGGUAUUCUUUAAUACUUUCAACUAUAGCUUGGAAUAAAAAUCAUGUUUUUCAAAAUUUGCUAUCAUUUUGACUACACGAUGAAUACGCUUUUGUAUAUAACCCUUUUUUUUUCACAAUACUUUAUUAGCUCUGUAAUUAGAUGUAAAUAUUAUUUAUUUCCUUUAGUGCUAUUGUAUUACUCUUUUUGUUAAAAAUCUGAUCAAAUAUUUUUAAUCUAAUUAUUGUUACGUUCUAACCAAAUACCACCAAUAAUUGAAGUUAAAGCUUUUUAUUAUUUUUAUUUGUUCCUAAAUAUGUUUUUGUAUUUGUAAGAGAUAUUAAAUAAACGCAAAGCUAAA